CCCUGACCUCUCAGUGGGCCAGAAUGUCGUCCACACGGAAAUUCUGAGACAAAAAAUGUUGAAUUUUAGUUCCUUUAACCGCCACUUGGACAACUAAACAUUUCCCAUCAUGCCUAAGGAGAAACGGCGCAGGAACAAACGGCGCAGAAUGCCGCGCAAGUUCAAACGGCCGCGGUCGUCGUCCGGCAGUUCGUCGGACAGGAAACAGCAGCGGAGAGUGGACGCCGUGAUCAGCCAGGCCGCUCCCAUCAUCGCCACCACCGCCAUUCUGGCCUCUCAGGGGCAUUUCUCGGAAGCGGGAAGCAGUAGUGGUCCACAGCCGUCCACCAGCGGUGCCACAAGCUCAAGUGCCUCAAAUGUGCCAAUGGUGUGCCCCAAACCUGCCCUGAUGAACUGUCUACAGAAGGUGGGGGCAAGAGGAACAUGUUUCACUAGGAAAGAGGUAUUGAAAUACUUGAUCCAGUACAUAGGUGAGCGCAUGUUGUACGACCAGAGUAACCCGCGUGUGGUGUACUGUCGAGAGGAUGAGCUGGGGAAGGCUUUAGGAGUGCCACAGUUUACCAUAUACAACGUCAAGGACGUCCUGGCAGCAAAUUGUGUGCCUGUAACGUCUCCACAAGUCAUACAAGCUGACACCCAGACUUCAGCCUCCCAAGCAAAAGUUCAUUACACAUUGCAACAUUCUGUUGCAGAGGGCAGGGAAACAGCUACAAGGCCCAAGUCAACACAAGCAGAAUGCCAGGAUGCUGCGAUGCCAGGACCGUCCACUGUACCACAGAAAGCCAAAGAGAAGAGAAAACACAGAAGGAGAAACAAGCUGAGUGAAUCUGAGAAAUCCACCAGUUCGACAGGUUCGUCCACCAGAAGAAGACGGCACUCCUCCUCCCUCAGUAUUGGUCAGACUCUGCAGCUAGACGAGGAAGGACCCAAGGGGCUGCCCUGGUUCUACUUUGUCAAGUGCCCGAAGGAGAGUGAGAAAAGAAGUUCAGGUUCCUGCACUGAGCGAUGGAGUAUAGAUGGCUACUCCACUGCGUACGUUGCUGACUCAUCAGAUGACCUGUGGUUCCUGGAGGAAGACUCAGACAGGGAGGAGGUGAUAGACUGGGAGUUUGAGCUGGACUCCGACUCCAGCGAACCUUACAACGAUGAUGAUGAUGAGGAGGACUCCAUUGACGGAGAGGAAGAGGAGUACUAUGUAGAGAUGAUCCAGUGUUCAGACAAUGACUCCUGUAUGGCUGAUGAGUCAGAGGAGAGCACAGAUGAAGAGAUCACAGAUAAGGACAAGUGGAAGUGUGACGUGUGUCCGAUGCGGAACCAUCCGUGCCAGCGGUUCUGUUCUCACUGCUGGGCCCUGAGGAAGGACUGGUUCCCUGAAGUUCACAACUCCAGCCAGAAAAGCACACUACAGCGCUCAAACUCCUGUCCCGAAGCCCAGUCCAUGGAAAACGCUGACACAUCAGGAGCCAUGGACCCCUCACCAAGUGUCGUGUCCCCGCCGGAACGUACCAUCAGUACCGACAGUGCCUUCUCGUCCCUCGGCAGCAGUUCCCAAGAGGUCAACAGCAGCGCGCCGGGCGCUGCGGGCGUGAGUCAGGACCACGUGGGCGCUGUGGUGAUGGAACCCUGUAUGAUCUGUCUCAGUAGACCCAAAGUGGCCAGCAUGGUCCACGGGAGGACAGCACACUUAGUCUGCUGUUACACGUGCGCCAAGAAGCUGUACAAGCGCGGGAAACCUUGUCCCGUCUGCCGGAGACCCAUACAGAUGGUGGUCAAGACGUUCUUCGCCUAGCGUUUGGGAACGGGUCAAAAUGAACUGUUCGGUUGUAAUAUGCACAAAUGUGAAGUAUGGUGUAUAUUUUGAAAGCUUGCCUGGGUGCUUUAAAAGGAGGAGCUUAAAGUGCCUAUCACACUAGAAUACAAGAUUUUCUUAUUAUUUGCAACAAAAAUAUUGCACCUCAAUGAAGGUUAGGUAAAGAAUUAUUCAUACUAUUUAAUGGUAUUGAACAUCGAACCAUAA